UGCCUCUACCCUAAGAUGUUCCCUUCAUCCUUUCUUCUGACCCACUGCUCAAAUUCGUCUUUCACUGGCAUUUCAAUUAUUCUAUGCCAUCUCCCUCUGCUGGCGCUGCCCUCGUGCUCUCCUUGCCCAUCUCUGCUUCUUGUGGGUGCCGGCGUGCAUCUGCUUAGAAAGUCAGAACUGCUCAUCAGAGAGACUCUGUGCUUUUCUCUUUUCAGGAUCUACACCAGCUCUAUGACUGUUGACCCACGCUUGACCACCUCAAGUGAUCCUGGCAUGAUGACAUCUUCCAGACUCCCCAUCCUUCUAGCACUGGUCUUUUCUUCUUUGUCCCCUGUUCUUUCCCAUUCAAAUAGGGAGAUGUGGUUUCAGGAUCUCUUCCCACCUAACACGUGCCCUAUAAAUGCCAAGACCAACACUUUUUAUGGCAUAAUGUUUGAUGCAGGAAGCACUGGAACCCGGAUCCACAUUUAUACCUUUGUGCAGAAGAGCCCAGAAAUCCUUCCAGAGUUGGAAGGGGAAAUAUUUGAAUCUGUGAAGCCAGGUCUUUCUGCCUAUGCUGAUCAGCCUGAAAAGGGUGCUGAAUCCGUCAAAAAAUUGCUGGACAUGGCCGUAGAUGCUGUGCCACCUCAUCUCUGGAAGAAGACUCCAGUAGUGUUAAAAGCCACAGCUGGACUGCGCUUACUGUCAGAGGAGAAAGCUCAAGCUCUACUCUCUGAGGUGAAAGAAGUCUUUGAGGAGUCACCAUUUCUUGUUCCAGAAGAUAGUGUUAGCAUCAUGGACGGGUCUUAUGAAGGAAUUUUAGCCUGGAUCACUGUGAACUUUUUGACAGGGCAGCUGUCUGGCCAUAACCAGCACACUACUGGGACCCUGGACUUGGGAGGAGCCUCAACCCAGAUCACAUUUCUGCCACGGUUUGAGGAAACCCUGAAGGAAAGCCCUAGUGAUUUUCUUACCUCAUUUGAAAUGUUUAACAGCACCUACAAGCUCUAUACCCACAGCUAUUUGGGUUUUGGAUUAAAAGCUGCCAGACUAGCAACUCUUGGAGCUUUGGAUACAGAAGUUGCAGAUGGACAAAUGUUCCGCAGCUCUUGCUUGCCAAAGCAACUGGAAGCAGAGUGGCACUUUGGGGGAGUGAAGUACCGGUAUGGGGGCAACAAAGAAGGAGAGACAGGAUUCAAACCUUGCUAUCUGGAAGUACUGAAGGUUGUCAAAGGAAAACUGCACCAACCAGAUGAGAUUCGUGGAAGUUCCUUCUAUGCUUUCUCCUAUUACUAUGAUCGAGCAGCUGACACCAACCUAAUAGAUUAUGAACAGGGAGGAGUUCUGGAAGUGAGAGAUUUUGAAAGAAAAGCCAAAGAAGUCUGUGAUAACAUGGAGAGGUUCAGCUCAGCCAGUCCUUUCCUCUGCAUGGAUCUCACUUACAUCACUGCUUUAUUAAAGGAAGGUUUUGGAUUUAGAGACAACACACUCUUACAGUUAACAAAAAAAGUGAACAACAUAGAGACAAGCUGGACUUUGGGUGCUACCUUUCACUUAUUGCAGUCUCUGGGGAUAACAUAUUGAACUGUGACAUUCCUAUGGAUUUCAGCAUUUCUGAAAGUUUGAGAAAGCAAACUGAAAUCACCAGGUAUGUUAUCCAACUGGAGUCAAUCACAGAGUGGAAAAUGGACCAAAGCUAUAAAACAGAUCCUCGCCUGGGAUUGGCAUUGCACAUAAUGAAAGUUGACACAAUAUAAUUGUGAUUGUCACAAAUAAUCCAGAAGCUGCCUUCUGAAAGUCAAAAGGCCUAAACUCCUGCAGUGUAUCUGCAAGAGACUCAAAGCCAGCUUUCACCAGCACAUUUGUAUAGCAUCCCAUUGCUAAAAGCACAGCAUAUUUGGGACGUGGUGGUAAAUUACAGAUGGUAUUUCUCCUCCCCCAUUACUUUAAGCAUACAGUACUGAAGUUUGCUUGCAAGACAUUAAAUACAGAAAUUAUACAUGACACCAACAGCCAUUCAGAGAAAAUUAAACAAUAACCCUGGAUGCUCCCAGCCUCAGUGUUCAAGUACCCAACUGUUAGCUAAUAUAUUACAAGAUGACAUCAGCCUUUCUAUAAGCACUCUUCGGGUAUAAUUUUAGGAAAGGUAUUGGCUGAAACAUAGGCUGUACCACACCAAGCAUUUCUUUCAGCAGUAGUUUCUUCAGCAACAUCUGUGCUGACAGACUGCAUGACUACCUUUGUGCUGCCCUUUAUAAGUUUGUACUGUAUGGCUGCACAUCUGGAUGUCAGGCCUUGAUUCAUUUUAGCAUCUACACUUGUAACACACAGUUGUGCAGGCACAAAACUAGGCAGCAAGAUAUGUACAUGUGCCAGAUACUGAAACUCCACUGCCAGAAGAAAUGCUCGUCACAUUACACCACAAGGAAAUUAAGGAUGGGAUCAGACGAAAUGUCUGAUGUAAUAGUUCACAUUGCCUUGACUACAUUCUGUUCAAUAUGGAAUAUGGAACUUAAAGAUGAACUUAGCACAGGCUUAGGAACAGAGGUUUCAUUUACCCCUGCCUUAUGACAAACACUUUGUUCUUUUCAGGCAUUUGCACUUACAUGUAUAUUAGACCACAUCUUUUUCACUUUGGUAAAACCCAAGAUUGGUCUCACA